AGGUUGCAGAACAAGAAACGGGAGAGAGACAUCCUGACAACUCCUCUGCUCUGCUCCCAACAAUGGAAGAUCUGACAGCGCAAAUGGCUGGGGCUGUCCAACAGAUGAACUUAGAGGACGUGUCUCCUGCGACAAGAUUGCUGGAGAAGAGGAGACAGAUGUUCGAAGUGCAGGAAGCGCUUGAGACUCAGAAGGAGGAGUUUGCGAGGAGGGAGGAGCUGUUCAAGAGGAGGGAGGAGCAGCUGAGGAAGCAGGAUCUCGAGCUGCAGCAAUCUCUGAUCCGCUUCAACAAGUUCCUGCAGGAGAACGACUCUAAGCUGACGAGGGCGGAGAAGAAAGCGACGGAGGAGAUAAAGAUGAGGGAGCAGAAGGAGAAAGAGAUCCAGGAGCUGAGCAUGCAGAUGGACGAGCUGUCCAAGGUCAAGGACGAAAUGAAGGCGAUCCUGGACAAGAACCUCUCCGACGAUUUUAACGAGAUAGGGGAUCUGUUGAAGCGCUAUGAAACCCUCAAGGCGCACCACAAGGACCUGCAGGACAGGGCGGCCAAGGUGGUGUCCUUGAACGACGAUUACAGGAACGAGCUGCAGGCGUACAUGAAGGAGGGGCAGGACACGAAGCUCAAGGGCCACAACGAGAUCGCAAUGCUGCAGAAGACGUUGGAGGAGUACCAACUCGACUCGCUGGUGGCUGGAAGCUCACGGGAGAGGAUGUUAGAGGAAGGAGCUGAGCGAGUGCUGGAGUACGGCAAAUGCUUGAUGGUGAUCAACAACUUGUACGAGAGGGCUCGAUCCAAGUCGAAGAUGAAACAAGUGUUCACUUCGGACACCGCGGAGCAGUUGAAAAUGAUUCAAGAGUUUGUUCGGGACUUGUCCUAUAUCGUUCAGAUGGUCUCUAAGAGUUCAAAUCCGGCAGGCAGCGGGCAGGGCAAGACAAAUUGAGUGAAGGAGAUCAGCUGGAAGCUGCAUCCGAUAGAUCAGCUGGAAGCUGGCAUCCGACAAGGAGGAGAUGCGAUCGCGAUCCAGUUCCGUGGAGCAAAGGAGGAUAGGAGAGGCCCUGAGGGCAGGACUCAGUCGGGAUCGGACAGGUCAGGAUAGGACAGGACAGGCAGCCUUCACAGGAGCCGCGCAGAGAGAGGAGAGGAGGGGACGGAGUGAGAGGAGCCCCGCCGGAUUCAUUCAAGUUGUUAGUAUUAUGCUCGCAAUAGGCGAUGCCAGUGUGACUUUAUGAAAGUAACGAUAUGC